AUGAUGGUUAAACCCUUAAACCCUUGGAAACGAAAUCGAAAAACAAAGCCGCAUAAAAAAUUUCAACAAAUUUCUGAGUUGUUCUCAAAGAGAAUCCAAAUUGAAUUUACUUCAAACCACACAUUCCCAGUGAGUAUAUAUCAGAUGGAUCAUUUUGCAGCAGCUGAAGAACAAUUAGCUUCACAGAGACUUAGGCAGAAACUUGAGGAAGUGAAUGUAGCUGCUCAAACUCAUCUUGCACCUGUUCAAGACCAUGUCAACUAUACUCUUCAGAAAGCGUAUUUUAAAUGUGCAUAUGAGUGCUUUGAUAGAAGUAGAAGGCAGGAGGAGAUAAGCCAUUGUGUUGAAAAUUGCAGUAUUCCUCUUACUAAUGUGCAACAAACGUUUGAUAAUGAAAUGGCAAAGUUUCAGGAGAAGUUGAAUCGAUCUCUGAUGGUUUGUCAAGAUAAGUACGAGGGAGCUAAGCUCCAGCAAAAAAACGGAGCUAUGAAUGUCUUGGUUUCCUGUGCCGACGAAGCAAUUCAAGACAGCAUUAAGAUGCUGCCACUUCUUACUAACAAGUUGAAGACUUCCUUUGGCAUUCGCGGCGACACCGGUUCUUCCUAG